AUGGUCGUGUGGAGCAGACCAGUGUCUCAUCAGUUAGUCAUCCAUUCCCUCAACACACUGCCCAUAGAUGUCCGCAAAUCCAAUGCUAAACCUUUGCAUCCAAUUAGGGCUCAAAUGAUCAUUGAAUUGGUCUUUGAAACUGAGACGUUCAUUGCCUGCGAGGAGCCAACGAUUGUCACAACAGACACAACACGACAACUGAUCCGUGAAUGGACUGCAGGGAAGAGCUAUAGAGAUCUGAUGUGCGCUCAAUCGCAACGAAAUCUCACUUUUCUUUAA